CACGACUUUACACUUUCAAAUAGCGUGUAAUGUAUACGCCAAAUCCCAUUUUUGCGUGCAUAUGAUACGCCAAUCCUUUCCAUUCACUUUGAUAGAGCGCAAAUGCGUCUCAAUACCACGCAUCCUCUUUAACGGAAUUGACGUCACCAGCAGAGCUCAGUUCACUAAUAGAUGAUUUCACCUGAUGCGCAUCCAUCUUUAAACAGAAAAAUGCCAGGUGGAUCAACAGUUCGGCAGUGCCCCCAUUGCCUGCAAAAAGUAAAUUGUGCAAAUCGAAAAUGCACCAAGUGUGGGAAGCUGCUAGACCUUAAGUCCAGGCAGACGGCCCGUAUGCAGUUGUUCCGGACCAGAGCCAAGGAAUGGGCACAAAAAGUCAAGAAGUCCCGCAAUCAGGCAAAAAUUUUUGAUAACAGUGCCCUGCUGGUGGAGAAACUAAAGGCCCUUGGGUACUUUCCCCUCCUGCUGUGGGGAAAGUACAGACCGCAAACCAAAAAGUGGAAUGCCCAGCUCCAGUGCCCCUUUGAGCUGCCAGUGGUAGCCCAUGCGGUCCUGGAGAAGAUAAUUUGCCUUUUUGAAGGUUUGUUAGAAGCAUGUGAUCCUCAAAGUGAGGAGUUGGUGCAGCAAGAGAGGCCGGGAGAAAAUGAUACAGAAAGAGAAAUAAAUAACGAAGACCAGAGUGGACAGGAGGAGCAACGUGAAAAAGAUAUCGAAGACCAGAGAGGACAGGAGGAGCAACAUGAAAUAGGAGAGACGGAGAUGACAGACAUGCAGGAGAUGGAGAUAGAAGCACAGGCUCAGGAAGACAGAGUAGAGAGUAAGAGAGAGGAAAGAGGAGAGAUGGAGGGACAGAAAGACUAUGAUGAGCUGAGACAGAUGGGGACAGAAGUGAUGGAGGCAGACAAUGAGAGAGAAAAGACAGAGGAAGUGGGUAAUAAAAAGACUAAGGCAAAGAAGAAAGAAGUGGCAGCAGCAAACAGGUAAGUGCCAUCACAGAAUAGAAGAUGCAGAGCAAUCUCCACAAUGUAGAAUUUUAGAUACAGAAUUGUAAGGAGAAUGUCUAUGUACAAAAAGGAGUAGCACGGCACACUACACAGAAGUCAGACUGUAUUUCACAAGUUGCUUUUUAACUUUUUCAUACAACAUGGAGUUAUUUGUAUGGCUGCAGUUUGGCAUCCAGUGUGUCAUAAUCCAAGGUGGCCAUGCCCAACAGUAGGUGAUCAGAGAAAGCGUCAACAGAUUGUCCUGCAUUGCAUUGUACUUGCAAGUAUUCACCUGGCUUGCAAUUUACACAAGUUUUUGUUUCUCUAAACAGGAAGUCAGCAGCUGUCCAAAUUUUAAGUAAAAAGAAAGGAAAUAGAAGACGCCGAAACAAGGAUGAUGCUUGCCAGUAUCACAGCACAUUAGACAUUUUCCCAGUCAAGUAUGUAACCC